ACUUGCUAAAGUAGAAAAAUAGUCGCAGAAAAAAUAUAAAAUUAGAAUUUAUAUUAAAUACAUAAAGCCAGGGUCUAUUAAAAAGUUAUUUUGUGUUAAUUAAGACAGUCUAAAGCUGUAAAGAAUGAUAGAAGCAUCGAUAAUGACGUUCUGAAAAUUUGUAUUAAGCGAAGAUUAAUACGUAAUUAGAGAAAUAGACAUAGACACACAAAAAAGAUGAGAUUGGAAUUAAUGAUGGGCUGCAAUGAUGUAGACGAUGAUAAUAAAUAUUCAGUAUGUAACGGACGAGGCGAGUGCACUGGACCAAAUGAGACGUGUAUAUGUGAAAUUAAGUUUACGGGCGAAAAUUGUUCAAAAUAUAACAGCACUUAUCUCGUAUCGAUUUCAUCUGUUUUCUAUGUCGUCGCGUUCAUCUCCUUGAUUCAACUUUUGAUAUGCUGCUUUGCUGAAUAUAAACGACUUAAACAACCUUCCUUCUUUAAAGCAUUUCGAAUUACCACACAGAAGUUUCUGUAUUUUGUUGUAUUUAUUGCUGCUUUAUUACGUGCUACCUACUUCUCUAAUCCCGAAGUACAACCAUCAUGGUCCUAUUAUUUAAUGUCUGCAUACUAUCCAUUAUUAAUGACAUGUGCAUCACUUAUCGUUUGCUUUUGGGCUGAGACCUUUCAUCUUCGUGACAUUCGAUACGAAAGGCAGUUCCUGAGUAAAAGUCUUUUGGGUUUCCUUGCAUUUAAUCUGCUUCCAUACAGUUUUUUCGGUGCUGAGAUUUUAUCAGCAAAUUUAUUCACUGAUAAAAAUUUAUUACACAGCAUCUUUAAUGGCGGUUAUGCAGUUCUUCUGCUUAUCGUUGUCGUCUUUUUCCUAAUUUAUGGCGUUGAAGUCUUCUUUAAAAUUCGUGGUGGUUUUGUGUACGACGCAGUUCCAUCUGGUGAAGAAAAUUUUAAUGUUAAUACCUCACAAGUCCAUCAAUCAAGAAUUGGACUGUUAUCGCAAGCGAUGAUGCUCAUGGUUAUUGUUGGCUUCCUCACAUCCGAAAUGCUAGGUGAUUUUUGGAAACAAAAAGUUCCAGUCAAUUCAAGAAACUGGUAUGAUAUCAUCUUUCGUAUGGUCGAAGUUGGUGUUGUAAUAUGGUUUCUUGCUUGUCUAUGGAACUCAUUCUCACCUGAAAGUUUAUGGAUUUUAAAUCCAAGACGACUCCUUACACGCCAAAUUGAUCCAGUUGCAAGUGCCAGCACAUCAAAGUCUUCCGCUGAAGAAAAUGAAGCUCUUCUCGUUUGUUGGGUGUGUUAUGAUCAAGAUAAAAAGGAACCGCUCAUUCAGCCAUGUCGCUGUACUGGUGAUCUUAGAUCAGUUCAUCACGAAUGUUUGAGGAGGUGGCUUGUGGAAAGUUUUAAAGAUCAGGAAACAUCGGAUUUAAAGUGUCGAGUUUGUGGAACUCCAUAUGAGAUAAGAAGGACCAGCAAACUUUAUUGGGAACGAGGCUUCGAUAUCCAACACUGGACAAAGACGAUAAUAUUAGUUAGUUUAAUGUGCAUCACCGGUGUAUUAGCAUGGAUAAUAAUAUCGUUAAAUGUUGAUCCAAUUGUGCGCGUAUUAACGGCUGGAUUUGCAAUUAUCAUAGGCUACGUGUGUGUUAAGAUGCUUGGCGAGAAUACAGUCACAGCUUAUCAACGUGCUAAAGUCAGUUCAAUAGAUAUCGUUUCAAACGAUUUAAGAAUAUCGAGGAAUUUAGUUCAGGCAAGCGUCAACAGUAUAUCAGAAGAUAUUGAAAUAGAUCGACACUAGAAACCUUAUAAGUUAAAGUAAUGUGAUUUAAUUGAGUAUAAAUCAAGCAAAACAAAAGAUUUACGCGACACAAAAAGAGAAGAAAAAAAAAACAAUAUUAAUUAAGUUGAUAAGCACUUAUCCAAUCAGACAAAUGCUUCAAACGUGAAAGUCAGUUUUGGUCAAUUGUUUUAAAAAACAAACAAACAAAAUAGAAAUCAUUAAUAUUACUAGAAUAUGGAUUUAUACAUCAUUUAUUGUGUAAAUAUGUGUUGCAGACGAAAAAAUUUUGUGACACAAAAAUACCUUUUUUUCAUUCUUUUGAUAUUUUUUAUCGUACAAUAGACUUUUGUCAUAACAAUUAUUGUUUAUCUGUGUGUUAAAUUGUAAGAUGAUGUUUGAUAAACAUCGACGUUUUUUUCUAAAUUAUUAUUAUUAUAAAUAAUUUUAUCAAUUAUGAGAACGACCGAGGAAAGGUGGGAAGAUCUUUAUUGGAUGAACUGUUUAUGUAGAUUGCAUUAAAGUUUAAUGCCAUUCACAUUUUGCAUAUUAUCAUUUUUUUGUCCAGCGGUUUUUUUAAAUUCAAAUUUUAUGUUCAAAAUAACGGUUUUUGUGAAUUCAAAUUCUAAGUUCAAAAUAAUGGUU